AUCAGUUGACAACUGUUCUUUAAUCUGAGAACAACAUAAAAACAUACCAUUGUAAAAAUGUAUCCCAAGAUUUUGUGUCUCGCUGCUCUGGUGGGGUUGGUGAUCGCGCAACACGGGCAUGAGCACGCGCACUCCUCGCAGCACAUCUCCAAGCACGACGGACACGCGGAGGAAGUCAUCAUCAAGGACCACCACGGACACGAGAAGCACGUCGACUACUACACGCAUCCCAAGUACGAGUUCAAGUACGUGGUGGAGGACAAGCACACGGGCGACCACAAGACGCAGCACGAGCACCGCGACGGCGACGUCGUCAAGGGCUUCUACAGCCUGCACGAGCCCGACGGCUCCGUCAGGGACGUGCACUACCACAGUGACAAAAAGACUGGAUUUCACGCUGAGGUGAAACACAGCACCCACCACAUUAUUUUGUGUCUCGCUGCUCUGGUGGGGUUGGUGAUCGCGCAACACGGGCAUGAGCACGCGCACUCCUCGCAGCACAUCUCCAAGCACGACGGACACGCGGAGGAAGUCAUCAUCAAGGACCACCACGGACACGAGAAGCACGUCGACUACUACACGCAUCCCAAGUACGAGUUCAAGUACGUGGUGGAGGACAAGCACACGGGCGACCACAAGACGCAGCACGAGCACCGCGACGGCGACGUCGUCAAGGGCUUCUACAGCCUGCACGAGCCCGACGGCUCCGUCAGGGACGUGCACUACCACAGUGACAAAAAGACUGGAUUUCACGCUGAGGUGAAACACAGCACCCACCACAUUGUUCCCAAACAUCAUCAUGAUUAAGACUGGUUUAUCUAAUAUUAUACAC